CACUCACACACACACAUACACACACGCACACACACACACAUACACACACGCACACAAACAGUCACUUGCUCACUCCCUCGCUCGCGCACUGCCUGCUAGAAACACCAGUAAAGCAGCCCCCUUAGCUAAUUCCAUUAUACAUUCCGUCUGGAAGCUAUAGGGCUGCCUUCUAAUUGCUUUUGUAUCCCCCUGAGCCAACCCCCCCCCCCCCCACUCGCUGUAGUGAACAUGGCAGUAAAUGGAAGGAGGAAGGCAAGUUAGAGAGAGAGCGAGGCGGACGCUGACAAGGAAUACUGGUGCCAUUUUCACCUUGCAGGAGGCUCCAGUCCUGCUCGGCUUGGCAGAGGACAGAGGCUGAACAAUACUGCAGAGCGCCCUAGUCGGAGUCAUGCAGUCUUUCAGAGAACGGAGUGGUUUCCGUGGUAACCAGCACUGCCACCAGCAGGAGUCCUAUGAAUUAUCACGCCUUGAGAAUUACAGACAUCAUCACAGCCAGAACAGACAGGGCUAUGAGGCGCACUCUCUCACAGCGGUAGCAGCGGCAUCAGCAGCAGCAGGCACAGGAGCUAAGGAUUGUUACGGCCAGCAAGUCUACCCCGGUUACAGCAGCAACUGUGCCUCAGCCGAGAAGCAGUACAAAGGAGGCAAAAUCCCAAGCCAGCAUCUGCUAAGCGGAUACAGCAGCCAUCUUAGCACUGCCUACUCCACCCAGUAUGUGAGUGAAGGCCACCUUCAGCAGAAGUGGGAGGAUUCGUCUCACCUUCCCCAAUAUGAGCAGAACAUGCUUGGCAGGAUGGAGUCAGCAGGCAGGGCAGGAGGUGGCGGGUCUCAGUUUCUACCACAGAAUAUGCUGUCCAUUUCGCAAAACCAGUGCUCCCAUGCCAGCCAGCCUUCCACUCCAGUCUACACCAGCCACCAUCAACAAAAACUCCCACAAGACACCUCCCCAUCCCCUAUGACCUACACCCACGGGCAUCUCCAUUUCCCACAACACUCUCAGUCUCACUCAUCCUCCACACCUUCCUAUGUGGAGAAAUGCAGCCCUGCACCACACUGUUACAAAGGCUAUCCCAUGCCUUCUAACUCUCAGUACAUCCGGCAGUCAGGAAGCAGCAACAGCCUCAAGCAGAGCAGCUACAGGUCCCAGAAUAGCUACACUUACCAGCAGCCUCCAUCCAGAACUGGGUAUGAACAGCAAGCCUCUCUGCAGGGGAUGCCCAACACCCAGGACAGCCUUUCAAAAUACCAACAUUUCAACCAACCACAACAGAACUACUGCCUGUCAGACAUCUCAGUGAGGUCACCGGAACAGUACUACCAGAACUGUAGCCCCAGCUCUGGCCACUCACCUGCCAGAUCGGUGGGCAGGUCUCCCUCUUACAGCUCCACCCCUUCCCCAUUAAUGGUCAAUUCUGAGACCUUCAUGUAUAGCCAGCCUCCCAUCACCUCAGGGGCCUCUUCUUCCUCCAGUCUACGAGAACCGGGCUUACAUAUGUCUCAGCAACCCCACCCAUCUCCUGGCAUCAACCAUCAGACUACCAGCUAUGCAGGUUCCCUAAAAGAUAAGUUCUCUGAGAAGCUACUGUCCAAUCCUAGCUUGUGGAGCCUCAACGCCCUGACAUCUCAGGUGGAAAACAUUUCCAACAAUGUCCAGCAGCUACUUCUCUCUGAGGCUCUCAUAGCCAACAAAAAGGGCAGCAAGCGUAACAAUCCUAAACCGGAGGAGGACUUUAAGGGCCAGCAUCAUGCACUUGAGGACAGUUCGUGCAUAGAUGCUCAACAUGCUGCCCCAGUGCCAGAUGCCUUCUGCGGUCCUCAGGCCAUUGACACUGAGCUACAAGAAGGGGGUUGCUCUAAUGGCUCUGAGGACCAGCAGGAGAGGAGUUACUACUACUGCAGCCAGAACACAAGUCCAGUGCAGGCCACCACAAACUCCCAGCUCCCCUCCCUGGAUGUAGUGUCCUCCUGCAUCAUGAACUCACCCAAUGGCAUGUCCAAUAAGUCUGAGGACACUGUCCCCAGCCUUCAGGCUGCACAGGCUGAUGGGAACAACCUGAACACAUUACUGAAGAACAUAAGAGAGGAUAAGUCCCCACAAAGCACUGUUACUCCCAGUUCUCUGAACCCAGAGCAAAACUCUCCACUGGACAGGCAGAACCUAAAAAGGCCAGUGAAGGAAAACUUUGAGGACUCAGUCUGGUCAGAGAAGCUAGUUGAGGCAAAGGAGGAGGCAAAGGAGCAGCUCCUCACAGAGUGUGAUAGCAAAACUGAGGUCACUCCAAGCAAGCAAGAAGAAUGGGAGGGAGACAAAAAGUGCCCAUCUCUGUUUCAGAAAAUAAGUGAAGCUCUGACUGGCAAAAGUGAUCCCAGUGAAAAGGAGGAAAAAAUGUAUCAGGAGUUGGUACAGGAGUAUGGUCCAGCUGAUGGGAAUAUUUCUGAAAAGCUUUGCAGUCCCUUGGAUGUCAAUUGCAAGACAGAUGUGGAUUCUGAUGCACAAUCUGAAACGUACAAAUCUGAUUUUCCAACCGAUUCUGACACUACUGGGAAAAGAGUGCCGUUUGUUUGGAGAGAUGAAUAUUUAACCAUGAAAGAGGACAACUCACAGUUUCCAUUUUUGAGCUCCAGGAGUGAGCUUUUUGAAGAGAGGCUUUCAACUGCCACAAAAGAGAAGCUGAAGGCACUUGAAGAGCAGCACUCUGUCCUUUCCAGUCAGACCACUGAAGUGAGAAGUGAGAGGGAGAAUUUGCUGUCUUCUGACGAGGUCAUUAAUAAUAAAACAUGGUCGCUGGAAUCUGGAGAAUUUUUCAGCUCAGCUGAGGAAGAGCGGGGAAGCAAGUCCCCAGCUAACAUACAGCCGGAGGUGCAAGACGCAGCUCUUGGAAACUAUGAAAAGAGGCCAGUCAUUUGCGACAUUACACCUCUGACAAACUCUGCGAAGACAGUCUUCUCAGUGUUUAAUGAGGAAGCAACACCUCUGUCCCAGUCAAGGGACCACAUCGAUCGGCGCGAUGCUGUGGUUCUGGAGCCCGAUUCUCCUCAGCUACCAGGCAAGUCAAUAAUGCACUCAGCACCUUCCUGGGCUGAUACUCCACCUUCCCCAAAGAAAGGCGAUGAAGAAAUCGAUCCUGGAAUAAGCUGCCCCAGUGCGGUGACACCUUUAACCAAAUCUGAGCCAAUGGCCCCAUCUGCAAACCUUAGGGUGUUCAGCAGAAAACCCGCGAGGGGCAGGAGACGCCAGUCUGGAAUGUUAAUGCACACAAGUGUUCAAAUCAGGAGGCUCUCCAGUCUGGGAGAGGAAGAGGUACCAGCAGCUCCUCAGAAAACCAUUUUGGAGCCCAGUCCAAGCAUAGUUUUCUCAGAACAAACGGGGACUGCUCACAAAGACAUCUCCAGUCAGACGCCUACUCUUUUUGCAGAGAACUUCCCAUCAAGGAUGUGUACUCGCUCCUUCACAGCAAUGGCUGCCCCCAAGGCUUGUCUCCAUUUAAAAAGUCGAAGAGGCCCAAAGCCUUCCAAAGGGGUUGCUGGCAAAGAUACACAGGGUGAUCCCAAGGGCUUGAUUUCUAAAAUGAAAUGGAGGAAGCAGCGAGGCCCUAAGCCUGCGGUUAUAGGUCACAGGAAGGGCAGGAGAGGCUUGAGUGAGAACAGGCAGCAAGAUGAAAACCAGGAAGCCUCUUUGUGUUCAUCUCCCUGUGUCAAAAGUCAAAAGCCCAUGGUGCUGAGGUCCAGAAAGCAAAUGCAGGAGAUCCCACUGAAAGAAAAGGGGAAAGAGAAAAAGACAAUGUGCAUUCUACCCAAGACUCUAAAAGAAGUGAAGAAGCAGAGGACAGCAUUUCUGAAAGAUCAAAGUUGUGCGAGUUCCAAGCAAAACCUUUCUGCUGUCCACCGGAAGGGUGUCUACAGGACAUUGAUUAGUAAAUCAGAUAAGAGUGUAACCCCCAUCAAGAGGAAGUCCAGUUGUCACUCCCCAGUAACUGUGAAAAGGCAGAGAGGGGUGAAAGCAGGCAAACCUGAGACGUUACAGCCCCCUCUAAAACCGAAGCUGAUGGGCGUGAAAAGUCCCAAGAAAAGACUAAUGCAAGGAGAGCAUUUCAAAAUACCUUUGAGCAGUUUUCUUACCAAAGAUCCCUCACCUGCAAAAGUAACUGACAGCCCUUGUAUAUCUCCUCAGUAUCCAGCUAAAACAAAAUAUUUGCCCCCCAGGAAAGGCCGAGGCCUAAAAUAUGAAGCAAUGGUUCAAAACAUUACAUCACCAGGGUCAAAAAAACACAUAACAAUUCCUCAAGUUGAGAACGUACAUGGCAAUUUGACAACAAAAACUACACUUCAAGAUCUGGGACAACAGAAGACAGUCAAAACAGAAGAGCUGAAGCCAGAGGAGGGUAGAAACACACAGAGUGUGGAGGAAAUACAGGACACAUCAACAGUCAAAGCCUCCAUUGUAAGAGGGAGAAAACGGGUGUGUGCAGAGAUUAGCGAUCAACCCCGGUUGGUGUCAGGGGCAGAGGCUCUUGUCAUCAACACUCCACGAUUAGCUAAACAAAGAGCAAUCAAAAACAACCAUGAAAUGCAUUUAAAGCAGAGGAGGAAGAGGAGGAAGGGCCUCAUUCCCUUAGAGUGGAUGGGCACUUCAGAGCAGCAGGAACCACUGUCUGCCUCUAUAUUGCUAGGCUGCACAGGGGAGCAGAUAGACAAUGCUCAGGCUCCCACUGAUGCUAGUAUGUGUAAAAAGGGGAAAUGCACGAUCACCCCAUCAAAAAAGAGACAGGCUACAGCCUUAGGUAAACCAAGCAGCAAAAAGCAAAAAAAGGUUGAAAAAAUGGAGCUCAAAACAGGAAAUAUAAAACAUUUACAUGACGCCAAGCCUACAAAAAAUGGGCGAAGACUUAAGACUAGACACAGGCAAGAAAACACUCCGGUGGUAGAAGGGCAGCAGCCUGCGGUUCGGUUAAAAUAUGUCUUGUACAAACCUCAAAAAAACGAAAACAAACCUUUCAGUCCAUAUGUGCACAUUGAUGGCUCAAAAGAGUUCGCUUCCUUUUGUGAUAUCAUCAACAGGCCUGAGGAGGAGCUGCUGCUCCAGGCCAGGAAAAAGAAAUGUGCCAAAACACAGAGCCUGGUUAUCGUUGCUAAGGCGAUACCAAACUCUUCAGUCAUGCUGCAGGGGCCCUUGGUGAACAAGAACCUGACUGACAGGUGUCUUACGUGUUGCCUGUGUGGAAAGACGGCCAAUUACAGAGAGCUCGGGGACUUGUGUGGGCCAUAUUACCCGGAGGACAGCGUACCGAGGAAGGCUUUGUCUUUUAAAUACAAACUGGAGUCUAGGGAUGAGAGAGUGACAGUGAACUGCAGUGCUGUGCAGAGCGGCACUCUGAAGAGGGAAGGUGCGAAGAGCCUAAGUGGGGGGAGCAGUGGACGUCUUGGGCGGCCCAGGAAAGUAGAGAGGGUGUCGGGGGAGAGUGCCACAGUUCGGCCCAGAUUCCUGGAGAGGUACAAAAAGCUGCAGCAGUUUCAAGGCUGUGAAAGGAGAGCAGGGGAGGAAGGGGCUACUCCCUUCUGGGUGCAGGAUGGCAGCGCAACUCUUCUACAGAGGCUGGAACUGGAAGCAGAGGCCAAGGAGCACUGGGUUCAUGAGGCCUGUGCCGUCUGGACCAGUGGAGUCUUCCUGGUUGCUGGCAAGCUGUACGGACUGAAGGAAGCUGCGCAUUCUGCUGCUGAAAUGAGCUGCUCAAAGUGCCAGGAAUUGGGUGCAUCAAUCAGCUGCUGCAGUAAAGACUGCCCUCAGAAAUUCCACUAUGUCUGUGCCAAAGAAACUGGUUGUUUGUUGGUAGAAGAAAGCUUUUCAUUGAAAUGUACAAAACACAAGGCUUUGUAAAGCCCAGCCAGCCUUGUGAAGCUCUCCUAUGCAGUGCAUCAAAGGACAUACAUCCCUCUACUGACAAGCCAAUAUGGAUUACAGCUUAACGCUCCACAGCGAAACGCCCAACAGGAGCUCUCCUGUAGCACCACAGCAGCAAUAUGGAUACUGGGUCAACUGUACAGUAUUCUCAU